CCGAAGGACAGGGUUGGCUUCUUCUCUCCCUCUGUCCGUCUCUUCUCUGCACCAUGGACCUGUGCGCUCUGCCUCUCUGUCUCCUGGGGCUGUUCCUGGCAGGUUCUUGUGCCCAGCACGUGGUGACGCAGCCGCCCUCAGUGUCGGGGUCUCCAGGGCAGACUGUGAAACUCUCGUGCAGCGUCAGUGGAGGAUACAGCAUCAGUAGCUAUGGAAUAGGCUGGUACCAACAGACCCCUGGGAAUCCUCCCAGAUACCUGCUCUAUUAUUUCAGUGAUUCUAGCACAAGCAGGGGCACUGGGGUCCCGGACCGGUUCUCUGGCUCUGCCUCUGGCAGUGUUGGCUACUUAACCAUCUCUGGGCUCCAAGCCGAGGAUGACGCUGAUUAUUACUGUCUGACUUUGGACAACAGCGCUAAGAUGCUCACAGGCUCUAAAGUUGCUGCACGUUUGCACAAAGCCAGGGGCCCAGCUGCACAGCAGCUGCCGAUUCCUUUUCCUCUGGCUUCCUCUAAGACCUUCACCAUGGUGCUGCGCCUCCUGGCUCUCCUCCUCCUCCCAGGGGUUUUGGUGCCAGUUUCCAGGGCGCAACCGGUGCUGACUCAGCCAGCCUCCAUUUUAGUGUUACCGGGACAAACGGUGAAACUCUCUUGUGCCCUGAAUCCUGGUUACAACAUCCGGGAGUUCGGGGUCGCCUGGUACCAGCAGAGACCUGGCAGCCCUCCAAGGUACCUGCUGUAUUACAACUCGGAGGUGGACAAGGACAAGCCUUCCGAAAUUCCGGACCGCUUCUCUGCGUCCAAAGACCUCGCCAGCAACGCCUGCGUUCUGACCAUCGCCGGGGUCCAGGCUGAGGACCACGCUGACUAUUACUGCUCGGUCUCAUAUCCCAUCUACUAUCUCUAG